AUGUCGCCUCCCGCAGAUAUCAUGAAGGUGGCCAUUGAGUGCCCGGGGGCCUUCCCCAAACUGAUGGAGAUUGACCAAAAGAAGCCCCUGUCUGCAGUAAUAGAGGAAGUUUGAUGGACACUCACCAACCAUGAGUGCUUUGCUCUGCAGCACGCGGACAGCUCCAACUUCUACAUCAUGGAGAAGAAUCGCAAGGAAAUGGAGCAGAAUGGAGCCAUUCUGCGACUGGCGAAGUCCCCGGCUCAAAAUGCCCAGCAGCUCCACGAGAGGAUCCAGUCUUCAAGCUUGGAUGCCAAGUUGGAGGCCCUGAAAGAUUUAGCGAGCUACUCCAGAGAUAUCACAUUUGCCCAGGAGUUUAUCAAUCUGGAUGGCAUCUCUCUCCUCACCCAGAUGGUAGUGAGUGGGACCGAGCGAUAUCAGAAACUGCAGAAGAUCAUGAAACCCUGCUUUGGAGACAUGCUGUCCUUCACAUUGACUGCAUUUGUGGAGCUGAUGGAUUACAGCAUCGUAUCAUGGGAUACCUUCUCUGUGGCAUUCAUCAGGAAGAUAGUAAGCUUUGUGAACAAGUCUGCCAUUGACAUCUCCAUCCUCCAAUGCUCCUUAGCCAUCCUGGAAUCCAUGGUCCUGAACAGCCAUGACCUGUACCAGAAGGUGGCGCAAGAGAUCACGAUUGGCCAGCUCAUCGCCCUUCUUCGGGACCAAGAAAUCCAAACGUACACCACUGCAGUAACUAAUGCCCUCUUCCUCAAGGCCUCGGAUGAGAAGGAUGAGAAGCGGCAGGAAAUAGCGAACAUCUUGGCCCAGAAGCAGCUUCGUUCCAUCAUCCUGAUGCAUGUCAUCCAAGCUCAGAGAGCCAUCAAUAAGGAAAUGGCCCAUCAGCUCUAUAUCCUGCAAGUCCUGACUUUUAACCUCCUGGAGGACAGAAUGAUGACCAAAAUGGACCCACAGGAUCAGGCCCAGAGGGACAUCAUCUUUGAGCUGAGACGCAUCGCCUUUGAUGCUGAGUGCAAGCCCAGCAACAGCAGUGGGAGCAUCGAGAAGCUCAAGUCCAUGUAUACACAGGACUACAAAAAGCUCGGCUUCAUUGGCCCCAGACGACCCCUUAGGAUGAUGUUACAAAUGAGCGACCAAUCAGCACUAGUGGAGGGAGUUUGCUUCCUGGGAAUUUCCCACAUGAAUGAAGCUGCAGACCUGGAUCAAGCAAAUGAAUGAAAAGCAGUGAUGAUGGUGGUGGUGGUGAU